AUGAAUGGUUCUUCCACUUCUGCAAUUGAAAUAAGCCUCUGGUGCACUUGGGCCCUGACAGUCACUCACGAGGCAUGUGAAUAUAUUGCACAGAAAUUCAAUGCAGAGAAGACAGGAGGAGACCCAGUGAUACCUUCUCCUAACCCAGACACUGAUCUAGUGAUGGCCUGUGAUCGAUUGGUAGAUCGCCUCAUAAAGGCAUAUAAAAAUCCGAUUCAGAUGAACAUUGACAUUGCAAGAUAUAGCAAAUUGAUCUCCCCGAAGAACACCGGGCACAAUGAGGAGAAAGAGGAGAAGUUGCUUAAGAGAUGUCCUCCCGGCCAUGAGGGGACAAGGUUUGUGGACAUAUCUGCCACCAUUCUAGAUGUGUCCAGCACCAUCAUCACAUGGUACCUCCCAGACACCCUGACAGCCGAAACACAGAAGGAAAUUUGGGCAGCCACCGACUUGCUGUCUCCGAGUCUGGAAAGAAGUGUGAAGGUCGAUGGGAAUUGGCGAACCAAUCUGGAGUGGUUCAAACACCGCUCAGAAGAUGUUGGCUUACCUGCCGGGUGCAUCAAUUCAUCUCCGGCAUGGUUUCAACAGGGGCAUGAGAAUCUAGCGGACCUGGAGGUAUCUGCAUCAUUAAAGGGACCAUUGUCCAAGGGAAUCCUAAAUGCCAUUGCAAGGCCGGCAGCCAUCACAUCAGCGGCACUCAGGAUCAUGCAUCUGGAGCAGUACUAG